AUGAAAACUUCCGGAAAAUCCUACCUCAUCAAGCCGGAUCAACUUGCUCGUCGAUGGAGAACCAGUAUUGAAUGUGCUCGUCGCACCCUGGAGAAGACAACUCAACGUGCCGUUCGUGAUUGGUCGGUCGUUCAGGGGUCUCGCCGUUUUCGCCCUGUACAAUAUCAGUUGGAGUAUCCGAGAUUGAAAACAAAUGUUUAUGUUGAUGUUAAGUUUGGACCCUGCAAGUCAGCUGAAGGAAACACUUGCAUCGCGGUCUACGCUACACCAGUACAGUGGGCUCGUGCUUAUCCGUUGAACAAAGAAUCAGAUGUUCACACAAGCCUCACACAACUAUUUCGUCAGUUCGGUUUUCCCCAAUGUCUCAUACCUGAUGAUGCCAAGUCUCUCACUCAAGGGAAAUUCCGAGAAGUUGCUAACAAAGGACAAGUGCCGAUUCAUCCUAUUGAGCCUCAUCAUCCUAAUCAAGCACUUACAGAGGACACAAUUCGGGAAGGAAGUCGACUUUACCGUCGAUUCAUGCAUGCAAGGAAUAUCCCUAUUGCGUUCUGGGAUCGAGUUUUUAUGUAUGCUUUUGAGAUUCGCAGUCACAUGGCAUUGGGACUUGCGAUACAAGAAGGAGAAUGUGGAGCCACAAUUGUUUCUGGCAACACUAAAGAUAUCUCUCACCUGGUUGAUUUUGCUAUUUGGGAUUGGUGUUGGUGCCUUUCGCCUAAUCGCUCAUCUAAGGAUGGGAAACAACUAUGCCGUUGGCUUGGUCCAAGUUUUACUAUUGGAGCAGCUAUUUGUUUUGCUGUUGCUAUUGCCAAUGGACAAGUACUACAACGAUCGUCAGUGAAUCCGCUAUCAGCUGAAGAACGAAACAGUGAACCUAUGGAAGAGAAAAAGAAAGAGUUUAUGGAAGACCUAAAGAAGAAUCUGAAGAAGAAGUCUGAUGGAGUUUCUAUAUCUGAAGAAGAACUUGACCGCAUUCGGCAUAAAUACAACAUACCGAUCUCUGCAAUCGAGGAUGGUGGUUAUCCACAGUAUGAUCAGUAUGAAGAUCACCCACAAGAAGAUCCUCGUCACAAGAUUGAAGAUGAUUUCGAAGAGCCGCCGGAUCAAGAAGCGGACCCUGUUGAAUUCGAUAAAUAUGUCUCUGCGAAGGUUUCUUUUAAUGCAGAUGGAGUUGAAACUUUUGGAGUCGUUCAAGGUCGGAAGCGUGACUCAUCUGGAAAAUUGAUUGGUCAUUACCACGAGAAUCCACACCUUGACACAUCUAUCUAUCAAGUGGAGUUUGAGGAUGGCAAAGUGGAAAGCUUCUAUGCAAAUCAGAUUAUUGAAGGGAUAAUGAUGAAUGUCGAUGAUGAAGGUAACACGAUGUACCGGAUUCGCGAAUUUAUUGAUCAUCAACGUGAUGGAAGAGCAGUUAAAGGGGACGACGGAUGGUAUACUACCUCCAACGGUCUCAAGCGUCCACGAAAGACAACUAAAGGAUGGAAGUUGUUAGCUGAAAUGAAAGGUGGAGAAACCGAAUGGCUUGAUCUGUCAGUAGCAAAAGAAGCGUUUCCUAUUGAGGUCGCCGAAUAUGCUGUUGCAAACAAGCUUGUGUCAGAGCCUGCCUUUGCGUGGUGGGUUCCCUACACUUUGAGAAAGCGUGAUCAAGUUUUGAAAGCUGUUAAGCGCCGUGCUGUGAAAAGGCAGAAACCAGAAAACUUUGGUAUUGAAGUGCCUGGUCCUGGGCCGAAAGGUAUCGCACGUGCGUAUGAACUUGAUGCUGAGAAUGGUACCUCGCAUUGGAAUGAUGCUUUGAUCAAAGAGGUCAAGACAAUCCUGCCAGCUUUGAAGAUUCUGGAAGAAGAUGAAGAUGUUCCUGUUGGAUAUCAGCUCAUUGACCUUAUGACUGUCUUUGAUGUCAAGAUGGAUCUGACACGGAAGGCACGGAUAUGUGCUAGAGGGGACCAGACUGACCCUCCAAUGUCUGUCACCUAUGCAAGUGUUGUGACAAGGGAAAGUAUUCGACUUGCUUUUGUUAUUGCUGCUUUGAAUGGUCUGAAUGUUUUGAGUGCUGACGUCUCGGGUGCAUAUCUGAAUGCCAAAUGUGCCGAGAAAGUUUAUUGUAUUUUAGGGAAGGAGUUUGGAGAAUAUGCCGGGAAGAAAGCUAUUCUGGUUAAGGCCGUUUACGGACUCAAAAGUUCCGGGUUCGCAUGGAGAAGCCUCUGUGCAGACGUUUUGAAGGAACAAUUGGAGUUCCAACCAUGUCGCGGAGAUAUGGAUGUUUGGCGUCGUCCUUGUCAACGCAAAGAUGGUUCAAAGUAUUAUGAGUAUAUUUUAGUCUAUACUGAUGAUGUCAUUGCAAUUUCCGAGAAUCCAAAAGCUAUUAUGGACAAACUCAACAAUUUCUUUGUUUUAAAACCUGAUUCAAUAAAAGAGCCAACCACGUAUCUUGGUGCAACAAUCUCGAAGCACAAGUUGGAUGGUGAUGAUUAUUUCACCUGGGCUAUUGGAUCUGAAGCAUAUCUACAAGAGUCAUUACGAGUUGUCAAGAAGCGAAUUGCGCCAAUGCAACUGACUUUGAAGAAAAAGGUUUAUUCAACUUUACCCACUGGAUACAAGCCGGAACUUGAUUCUACUCCUUUUGUCAAUGAUGAUACUGCCAUACUUUACAUGCAGCUCAUUGGUAUUCUGCGCUGGCUUGUGGAACUUGGUCGUAUCGAUGUUGCCGCCAAAGUGUCUAUGCUCUCAUCUUACAAUGCAAUGCCUCGUGAAGGUCACUUUCAUGCUGCCUUACAUAUUUUUGCCUAUUUACAGAAGCAUCCUGAUCGUAUACUUGUGAUGGAUUGUGGUUAUGCUGAUCACCUGAGACCAUUAAAGAAAGCUGAUUACUCACAGUUCUACGAAUUCACUAAGGAUGAACUCCCAAGUGACAUGCCUACACCUCUUGGCAAAGCGGUAGAGUUUACUAUGUUUGUUGAUGCAUCUCAUGCAGCUAAUGUUGUUACUCGUCAAUCAAGAACAGGAGUAUUGAUCUUUGUUAACAAAGCUCCUAUUAUCUGGUAUUUGAAAAAGCAGAACAGUGUCGAGACAAGCAGUUUUGGUUCUGAGUUUUCUGCUCUAAAGACAGGUGUUGAAUUAUUUGAGGGACUACAAUUCAAGCUCAGAAUGAUGCGCGUCCCAAUUCAAGGUUUUUGUCAUACUUGUGUUGACAACGUGUCCGUUGUCAAGAACUCAAGUGUUCCUGAAUCUCAAUUGAAAAAGAAAUCGAAUGCUGUCGCAUAUCACUACGUUCGCUCCAGAUGCGCAAUUGAUAUCCUACGAAUUGAAUGGAUCAUUUCCGCUGAGAACUUGGCCGAUGUUUUGACCAAGAUCCAACCUGGACCUGUUCGUGAUCGUCUUAUUGAACACAUCAUGUGGAAAGCAAAGCAAAAUGGAAAACUUGCUCUUUUGAUUUAA